UCCUCCGUCCGUCUCCUGGGUUCAUACAAUCUCGCCAUCCUUCCAUUGAUCCAUCGGAACUUCCGGCCCGCCCAAAACUUGUGGAGCGACUGGCUGGCUCACGGUCGGGGCGUGUUCGUUUUCCUCCCACCCUCCCUCCUCCCUCCUCCCACUCGUAUGGGCCUGUUGUCCAUGUGGUCUCGGCUGGCUCGAGUCGGUACGGCAGCCGGAGCGUCUAAUGGGCCUCCUGGGGCAUGGAUCCGCCCUCUGGCUCCGCUAGCGGGUGUGGUACCCCACCGACUCAAUUCGAAUGCCGUGUUAUGCGAGUAUCAGAACGCAGACACGCUGGCCCUGGUCACGCUCAACGAUGCGCCCAAGUUGAACGCCUUGACCGUGGCCAUGGGCAACCAAUUGGUCGACGUGGUGGAAGAACUCAAAACCAAAUCCCAACUUCGAGCCGUGAUCGUUCAAGGUGCGGGUCGAGCUUUUUCGGCCGGUGGCGAUCUGGAUUGGUUGAUGGAACGCCAUAGGGAUACGCACGGCAACAAUCAAAAAAUCAUGGUGGAUUUCUACAAGCGGUUCCUUUGCCUGCGGAACGUGCCCGUCCCCGUUAUAGCAUGCAUCAAUGGGCCGGCCAUCGGCGCCGGUUUCUGUUUGGCCUUGGGGGGAUGCGACAUCCGGGUCGCCCAUGAUAAGGCCAAGUUGGGAUUGACCUUUGUCAAGUUGGGCCUUCAUCCGGGUAUGGCCAUUACUCAUUUUUUGCCGCUAAUGGUCGGACCAUCGCUCACUUACGAGAUGCUUUUAACGGGACGGCUGAUCGAUGCUCAGGAGGCCUUUGACUUGGGCAUGGUCAGCCGCAUCUCGGCUGACCCUCUGAAAGAUGCCAUGGAUAUUGCACAGGAAAUUGCGACGGUGGCGCCUAUUGCGGUGCGCAGUACCAUCAAGACAUUGCGGAAGUCGCAAGAUCGACCCACGUCCCUAGAGGAGGCCAUGACUUACGAAUCCCAAGGCCAGGCCGUGACCUACCCGACCAAUGACUUGGUCGAAGGGAUCAAGGCCCUGAGAGAGAAAAGGAGCCCCGUGUUUAAGGACGAUUGACCAGACGUGACGCGGGUUUUUGGAUAUUCAACUAGAUAAUCAUAUAUAUAUAUAUUUUGUUUAACGAUUAUUCAUCGAUGAGGCUCAUUGAAAUAAUAGUGCUCUAUUGAAGUGGCA